AUGUUGUUGGAUACCCCUGUCAGCGAGUUGCUGGAGCCUUCUGACAAAGUGUUGCCGGAUGUGAAUAACUGUGCUUUCGAGGAGGCGGGAGAGGACGCGGGGACGUGCGCCCUCCGCCUGGACGCCUCCCGCUUCACCAGGGCGUCCUGGAGGACAGGCACGGGACGCACCUCCACAUGGCUAGGUGGGCCCUCCGUGGAUGCCACGCUCAGCCCCGACGGCGGAUAUGCGUUCGUCUCCACCUCGGACAUGUUGCGUUCACUGCAGCGGCCUAAGAAGGCCUGGAUGACCACACGGCCCACCAACAACACCGGUGCUCUAGGAAUGUGUCUACAGUUCUCCUACUCAAUUGGAGGCCUUGGCGUGGAAGCUCUGGAGAUCCUCCUCCUCACCUUCAACAACGUGGACGUGGAGGAAGCCAUCGCCAACACAUCUGUGCCACUGGACUAUCACGCCAUGCCUCUCUGGAGAACCAAACAGACAACGCACGGGGAGUGGCAGGAGGCGCGCGUGACUUUCUCCGCCGUGUCUCAGCACAGCUUGGUGUUCUCCACCUCCCCGGACUCCCGCUACGCCAAUUACCACGGCUACGCGGCCGUCGACCACGUCACCUUCACACCAGGACCUUGCCAGAAUGACUGCAUGUUUGACCUGGAUCUCUGCUCCUGGACCAACAGCGACUCUUCUGACAACUUCGACUGGAAGAUUGGACGUAGCAGUGAGAAGAGAGGCACAGGGCCCUCCAGGGACCAAGCCUCCUCACUCAACACCCGUAUCACUACAGGAGGUUACGCCUAUGUGGACAGCAGUUACCCCCGGCAACCUGGCGACUUGGCGUGGCUGGUGUCGGCGACUAUGGCAGCUACCCAGGACCCUCUCUGCCUCCGCUUCUGGCUCAACAUGCACGGUGCAGGCGUGGGAGACUUCAGGGUCCUUCGCAUGACCGUGAACGGGUCUUCAGAAGCCCAGGAGCUGUGGAAACUUCGGGAAGGAGCCAGUUGGGGCACCGACACGUGGUAUCCCUGCCAACAGACAGUAGCUUCCGCCGAAGAAUUUCAAAUAAUAUUUGAAGCCUCCGUUGGCAGCCCUGAGGCAGGAGACGUUGGCCUUGACUCCAUCUCCUUCACGCAAGGAGCGUGUCCUAGUCUGCCGCCCAACUCCAGCCCGGGGUGGGGCGACUGUACCUUCCUGGACGACACCUGCAGCUGGCAGCUUCCUCCCUCCAGCGGCUUCGACUGCAAUUUUCUCUCCCGGGUGGCUGGCAGCAACUACAACCCACCCGGCCAUACAGAGAGUGUGUAUGAGAUCACCGAUAUGUACAUCAAGUUCGACCUCAACUGCUUCAAGAACGUGGCCCGGGACCGAGCCGCCCUGGUGUCGCGUGAGUUCACCACCUCCCACCCCCUCUGCCUCUCCUUCUGGGUGUUAAUGUACACCAACGUCGCCUCCCAGUCUCACGUCGGAGCUCUCAAGGUUGUGCUGCAGUUUCCGAGCAAGAAUACCACAAUAUGGAGACUACAGAACAAGCAGCACGUUGGCUGGACCUACGCUCAGGUGACCAUACCAGCAGCUUCCUCCGUGAAGGUGGCCAUAGAAGGCAUCCAGGGCCCGAAGGUCAUGGGCAUGAUCGGAGUCGAUGACAUUGCCGUCUUCCCACUAAACUGUGACUUGAAACCUGAAUCAGCGGGAGUCCAGGUCGCAGACUGUACCUUCGACCACGACCUGUGUUCGUGGGAGCUGGAGAAGACCAACCAAACCUCCGUCUCUUCCCUGGACAGAUGGAUCUUAGCUGAAGGCAACAAAAUUCUUAAGGAUCACACCUUUAAUGCUGACGGAGGUGGCUUUGUUUACCUGGAGUCCUUCAACACGCUCCACACAAGUCGUCUGAAGAGCGCUCUCCUCUCAGCCAAUCAAACUUUCUGCCUUGCAUUUUGGUUCUCUGAAAUCUACAAAGAUUCUUCAGCAAAACUGUCUGUGAUCAGGACUGCCGCAGGGGACGAAGAGGUUCUCUGGAGUGUUCACCAGGACAAAAUUGAUAGUCCUCCUGCUGUUGUCAACAACAAAGCAGUCUGGCGCUAUGCUCAGGUCUUCCUCCCCAGCCAAGACGCCGAUUACCAGCUCACCAUAGAAGGUAAAGUUACCCGGAGUGCCUGGGCCAUCGACGACCUCCUCUUCAUCCCAAACAGAGAAGACUGCAGAGUGCAUCCACCCUACGCCAAGCUGUGAAGCGACUCGUGAACCUUCAACUUCAGACUUGCAAACAUAUUUCCAGAAAAUGUCAUGCUUAGAUAUAUUGAAGCAAAUAUAUGAAACAAACCGCAAUGAAAUCACAAUGGCGUGAUAUAUCAAUGAAAAUCAAACCCGAAAACCAAUGAAAACCCGACCACUCUCUGGCCUGCAGAAAUAUCGUUCACGCGCUUACGUCCCUGUCAGAUGGCAAUGCAACCACAAUUGCGUGCUAUACCAAUGAAAAUCAUUUUGAGGCAAUGGAGUGAUUUGAACUCGCGACCUGGUGAUUCACUUCUAAUCACUCCAUUCUCUCAAAAAUAUUUUCAUUGAUAUAUCACGCAAUUGUGGUUUCAUUGCCAUCUGACAGGUACGUAAGAGCGUGAACGGUAUUACUGCAGGCCAGAGAGUGGUCGGGUUGGCUAGAGAACCCGGGUUUGGGCCCCGGUUUGGGGUCUCCAGAACCCAGAGGACUCUGUAGUGUUUUGGGUUGGCCAACUUUUGUACCAUCGAGGCCAAGCGGUUAAGGCAAGCGUCUGAUAAUCACCUGGUCGCAAGUCACUCCAUUGCCCCAAAAUUAUCUUUAUAUCAAGAAGAAAUAUUUAUAUUUAAUGGAACACAAUAAGUAAAAAAGAUGUUAGAA